AUGGAGAAGAGCAGGUAUGGCUCAUAUUCUCACCAUGGGUUAUUGCUAGCGCUGCUGUUUUUCUUGCUGUUUGAUUUGCCCAUGGCCCGUGUGCAACCUCUGCGGCUAAACAAAGCACAGGAAAGCACCAUGAGAAACCUUUCAAGCAUGGUCUCCGCCAUGGCUCCGUGGAGCCACUGGGACACAACCGACCCGAACCCGUGCCUGUGGAGUGGGGUCACUUGCUCUGUGCCGUCUAACUGCCCUGGUUCAUCUGCAGUUGUGCACCACCUCUCCAUGUCUCGCUUUGGCCUCUCCAACUCCACCGUAAUUGCCUGCUUAUGCUCCCUUGAUACCUUGGAAUCUCUGGAUCUCUCAAAAAACAGGUUCACCGAUCUGCCACGGCAGCUCUCCUCAUGCCCCCUGGGUGCUAGAUUGCGCACGCUCAAUUUGAGCUACUCUCAGUUGCCUGGACCGCUCGGCGACUUCACUGGUUUCCGCAAACUGGAGGUUCUUGAUUUCUCCUUCAGUUUGCUGGGUGGAAAUGUAGACGAACAGUUGAGUUCUUUGCCCAGAUUAAGAAGCUUGAACCUUAGUAACAAUACACUUGGUGGUAGCCUCCCAACAAUUAUGGUCCACUCUUUGAAGGAACUGGUGUUAUCUAGCAACAGCUUCAGUGGCUUGAUACCUAGUGAAAUCACCAUGAAUACCGAGAUGUUGGAUUUGAGUUACAAUAAGCUUAGUGGUGAGAUACCUUCUGAUCUGUUCUUGGCUGCUGGUUUGCAUACCGUUGAUCUCACCGGCAACAGGCUUGAAGGGCACAUCCCGCGAGGAUUCUCUCGCAGCCUCUAUCGCCUUUGUCUCGGAGGGAACUUGCUCAGUGGCAGCAUCCCAGGCUCGAUUGGUGAUGCCUCAAGCUUGUCUUAUCUUGAGCUGAACAAUAACUACUUGGUGGGAGGCAUACCCCGGCAUGUUGGCAGAUGCAGUAAGUUGGCUCUCUUGAAUCUGGCAAGCAACCAGUUGAAUGGUGCAGUGCCCACUGAGAUCGGCAAACUUGAUAGCCUGUCUGUUCUGAAACUCCAAAUAAACAAUUUUGAUGGACAUAUACCAAGCACACUUGUCAAUCUGGUGAACUUGAAUCUACUGAACCUUAGCCAAAACUCAUUUACUGGAGAGAUACCACAUGAAAUUUUCCAGCUACCACGGCUUUCAAACAUAAAUUUGCAAGGCAACAAGAUCACUGGCGUCAUUCCAACUUCAAUCAGUUCACCGCAAUCUCUUAUUGAGCUUCAUCUCGGGGAUAAUGAGCUCACUGGUGUCAUCCCCACAAUGCCGACCAGCUUGAGUGCACUUCUGAAUCUAAGUCACAACCAUCUCAGUGGGUCUAUUCCUUCAAAUAUUGGUGUUUUGAAGGACCUGGAGAUCCUUGAUCUUUCCUACAACGACUUGUCUGGCCCGAUACCAUCCUCGCUCGAAGGUUUGCAAAGCUUGACACAGUUAGUGCUUUCUUAUAAUCAGCUGUCAGGAUCCCUUCCAGCAUUUCGAUCAUCUGUGGCAGUCGAUUCCACAGGAAAUCCAGAUCUUCUUAACAGUACCGCCAACGCUUCAGACGUGAUGACAAGCACCGAAGAUCACAGCUCGGCUAUAUGGGUUGCGGCAGUUUCAUUUGUGGUUGGCUUCGUCAUCUCUUUCUAUGGGGAUGGGAUCAGAAACGGGUGGCUUACAGGUUGA